AGGAAAGACCAAGAUUAUCACCUAUCAUCGUCAUCAUCAGCACCAGUGGACGCCUGAAGAGAGGAGAAAAUGCCGGGAGACUUUUAUAUUCGCUAUUACGUUGGCCACAAAGGCAAAUUCGGCCACGAGUUCCUGGAAUUUGAGUUCAGACCUGAUGGUAAACUCCGAUAUGCCAACAACUCCAACUACAAGAAUGAUGUCAUGAUCCGCAAGGAGGCAUACUGCCACCGCUGCGUCAUGGAGGAGCUGAAGAGAAUUAUUGAUGACUCAGAGAUCAUGCAGGAGGAUGACUCUUCCUGGCCGCAGCCUGACCGAGUGGGGCGGCAGGAGCUGGAGAUUGUGAUUGGCGAUGAGCACAUCUCUUUCACCACCUCCAAGAUUGGCUCCCUUGUUGAUGUUAAUAGCUCCAGGGAUCCGGAUGGUUUGAGGUGCUUCUAUUACCUCGUCCAGGAUCUCAAGUGUCUCGUCUUCUCCCUCAUCGGCCUACACUUCAAGAUCAAGCCUAUCUAAGCUCACCAUGGCAGUCCAAGAAAGAUGUGUGGGUCUGUCGGGGGCUGGUUUUAAGGUGACACAAUAACAGGCGCCUUUAUUUUAGGGUUAGGAUUGUAAGUGGAGGUUUUUAAGGCUUUUGAGAAGGUAUUUUGAUUGUGGACUCAAGUUGUGUAAGUUUUGUGUCCAUUUUUCAGCUAAUAUUGAUGGUUUUCUUUACUAUAAACAUUGUGGUGGUGUCAUUUGAUUAUAAUUUGUUUCUUUUUAAUUCUUGUCGCCUUGUCAUCUUAUUUUUGCUCUUGGGUCUUUUUCUUGUUGGUUUUUCUUUUGUGUUAUUUGGUUAGGAUUUUCAAUUUUCUUCUUUAUUCUUACCUUCUCAUAUUCUUUUUCUUAUAUCUUUUUUUCCUCUUUUCUUUGGCUUCUCAUCCUCCUUUUUUCCUCCCUCUCCUUUCCCUUCCUGGCAGGCCCCAUCAAAUGCCAUGUUUGUCCCUAUAGAUAUAUCUAAGUUUUCUCCUUACCGUUUUUAUCCAUUAUUGUAUCAUUCACUUUUUCAACUUGCAUUGUCAUUCCUUGUCGCAAGAAGACAUGAAAUAAAAGUAAGAUUUUCUCAUUAA